GAAUUUGAGGAUGCAAAUUAAAUAACAGGCUCUUAUGCUGUACCCAACUAUGGAACAAAAUAGGAAACAAAGGAACUGAAACUCCAGACUGGUGACAGGGAAGGAACAACUGACAAGAAAACUUAAGGUCAGAAAAAGUGAUAAGCUCUUACAAGAGCAAAACAAACACACUUAAGAAGAUUCCAGAUUAUGCGUGGGCACUUCUAGGAUUGGUGUAUCCCUCAUAUCGAUGCAAUGGUGGUAGCAGCUAAAAAGGAGAAGGCAGAGUUUCUCUCUCAGUUGUGAGAGGAAAGGUGGAGAAAUGAAGACUUGCCAUAUAAACGUCCCUAGGCAAUGGCCAUACAGCUGUGGUGACAACCUCUGAGCAGCUUGGCAUUACACCAUCUCCAUGAUGAAGGGCAUCGGGGGUCUCCUUCUGCUCUGUGCAUUGACCUACUUCUGCUGCAGAACAGAAGCUGCCAGUCUAACUUCAAAAAUGUUGGACUGCAGCAUUUACAAGAAGUACCCAGUGGUGGCCAUUCCCUGCCCCAUCAUGUACCUACCUGUUUGUGGUUCUGACUACAUCACCUAUGGGAACGAAUGCCACUUGUGUAUUGAGAACCUGAAAAGUGAAGGAAAAGUUCAGUUACUUCAUGAAGGAAUGUGCUAACUUCUUACUGGACCUGGAGAGAGAGCAAUGACAUCCUCCUUCUCAUCCUGACUGGCUUUCCUUCAAAAGGUGUAUAUGUCUUCGGAGGGAACAGAGCCAGAUUCUGAGUCAAUUCCAUUGAGUAAAGAAAAUUGUUAUUCUAUCCCUUCAAAUUCAUGCCUCACUGACAGAUUGACUUCUUUUACACUUCAAGGA